AUGCACACUUCGCAGACAACCCCGGGGCUUGUGAAGCAUGUGAUUGGUUCGGCAGGUCCAGGCUAUUCGGCGGUCGAUCCGAAUGUGGACGAAUGUGCCGCGAAUGCCGCGAGUGCCGCGGCAGCUACUGCGGCUCUGGCCGCUGCAGCGGCUGCUGGAUGUUGCAUGAGCCUUUCGGCAGCCGCUGUUGCGUCCUCCUCUUCCACCUCCGCCUCCUCCACCUCAUCCUCAUCCUCGACGACCAGUAACAACCAGCACGAAUUUCAUCCCUCACUGUUUCUCAAUCAUCAUGGACAGCCAAAACCUGAGGAUUAUUAUGCACUUCGACCUCAACCGACCAGUCCCCAUCCCGUGCAAUCUCCAUUUGUCUAUCCUCCAAUGGGCCUCGUUCGGCGUGAAAUGGAAUCAAUGCAUGCGUCCGACGGUGUCUUACGACCAGAUGACCCCGGUUUUCUCAGCCCUGAGACCGGAACUGUUUAUACCGACCCGUCAGGACUCAAAUGCCCCGGAUCCUCUCCUUCAUCAUCAGCCAACAGUACAUUUUUAUCCCUAACACAUGAUCAAACACCACCACCACCACCCGCAUGCGCAAUAGAUACAAUGGCUCAACAGGCACAGCGUGAUCAUUCAUUUCCUUCUUCUACCACCGUUUACGAAUCCUCCUCUGUGCUAUUAGGAGGAUUGGGUAACGGAUUAAAACCGGUCGGCGCAUAUCCUCACGAGGACCUCAUGAAUCCAUAUGGAUCCGACACUGAUCAUCUGAAUUGUCACACACCUUAUUCACAAUUGAACUGUUUGGCCACAGGCCGGAGUUACGCGUUCGGGGAUGACUCGGCCGAUCUGCAUGAUCCGUUUCGUCGACUGGCCGAAACUAGUCGAUGUCGUCCGGAGUUUGAUUGUGCUGAUCUGAUGGGCUGGAAACCAACCGAUUUUGACGAUCCCAAUUAUCCGAUUGACAAAUAUGAUACACCCAUCAGUUCCGAGCCGGCCAAUCGUCCCCUAGCCUCGGGCAAAGGUGUAGAUUAUGCUCCGGACACGUUACGUUAUCCCACUUUCGGGAAAACUGUUCCACUCGCACUGAGGACUAAUUAUGCGCCAAACUCUGUCCCCGGCGCACACACGCAUUUACACCAGCCGACAGCAACCGCAGUGAUCUACCCAUGGAUGAAACGGGUUCAUUCUAAAAAUACAGGUAUGCAAUAUAAAGAGGACGUCAAACACCAUACACACUAUAGAACAUUGAUGUUCCCAUACGCCACAACAUAUUUAGCCCAGUUUGAAGAUGCAGGGCAGAAUAUGGAACCGUUUUCAAAUCAAAAAAUCAUCGGACUCCCCAUAACAGAUUAG